AUGAAUUAUUCAAAGGAUGCCCCAGAAUUUGUUGUGUCUCCAAAAGAUGCUCGCGAAUUCGUCAUAAAAUGUAUGCAAACAGUUGGAACAUCACCUGACCAUGCUGGUCAAUUAGCAGAUCUCUUAUUGGAUGCUGAUCUUGUUGGGCAUUACAGGUUGGUUUUUGUUAAUCCUUCUAAAACAAUGUUUUCUAGUCAUGGUCUAAAUCGACUUCAUAUUUAUGUGGAUGAUGUCAAGAACGGAGUUAAAGGAAAUGGAGUUCCAAAAGUGUUAAAACAAAAAGGAGGCACCGCUUGGGUUGAUGGAGAAAAUCUUUUGGGUGCAGUUGUUGGAAACUUUUGUACCGAUUUGGCUAUAAAAUUGGCUAAAGAAUUUGGUGUUGCUUGGGUGGUAACGAAAAAUUCUAAUCAUUAUGGAGCUUGUCAACAUUAUACUAAGAAAAUUGCAAAUGCAGGAAUGGUGGGAAUGUCUUUUACAAAUACAUCGCCUCUCAUGUUCCCCUGCCGGUCUUCUGAGAUUGGACUCGGCACAAACCCUCUUUCUUGCUGUGCCAACUCAGAAAAGACUGGAGACAGUUUUUUGUUAGACAUGGCUACCACAACUGUUGCUCUCGGAAAGGUGGAGCUGGCAAAUUGUCGCGGUAAACCACAAAUUCCUUCCGCAUGGGGUGCUGAUUCUAAAGGCAUUCCAUCAACAGACACACAAGUUGUUUUACAUGGUGGCGGACUUUUGCCUUUAGGCGGUAUAGAAGAGACGGGAUCUUACAAGGGAACGGGUCUCUCAAUGAUGGGUGAAUUGUUUUGUGGAAUUUUGGCAGGGUCAAGUUUUGGCAAAAAUGUUCGACUGUGGGGACAAUCACACAAAGCUGCUGACAAUGGCCAAUGUUUUGUUGCUAUUGAUCCAGAAUGUUUUGCUCCAGGAUUUGCUCCUCGUUUACAACAAUUUUUGGACCAAACGCGGAAUUUGAAACCGAUUUCUGAAGAAAAGCCUGUUUUAGUGCCUGGUGAUCCUGAAAGAAUGAAUACAGAAUAUAGCCAAAAGGCUGGAGGUUUGGUUUACCAAGAAGGGCAGAUAAAAGCUUUGGAAACAUUGGCAACAAAAUGUGAUGUUCAAAUGUUCUCAUACAAACGGCUAAAAUAA